GAACCACACACUCACCGUGACGCUGGUGGACGCGAAGUGCGCCUAAACCUAGGGGUCCACUUGUCGGUGUGUUUCGUCAAAAAUAAAGGCGAGUGCGUGAAGUAAAAUAUCGAAUUAUCCUCGUCCCGGGAAAACGCAAGAUAUCACAGGGCCACAUUCCAGCGAGCACGCGGAGGAAUUUUGUUUGUUGCCAGAGCGAAGGACCACCAAUCUCAGGAAGCAUCGGGAGCAAUGUCUGAUACCGAGGUCGUUGAACCGAAGAAGGGCCGCGGACGUCCGCCCAAUCCGGAGAAGAAUAGCGUCGCACCGAAAAAGCGAGCCCGCGCCCUUUCACCCAAAGAGUCGAAGGUGGUAGAGGACCGCGAGAAGGAGAAAGCCGUCCUGUCGGAUGAUGGCGAGGAACCGUCGCCGAAGCGUGGCCGGGGCAGACCGAAGGGUACAACCAAAAAGGCGGCCAAAGCGGCCAAAAAAGCCCCGGCAGCACCCGUGGGCCGGGGCCGGGGUCGUGGCCGAAAGAAACCGGCCAAAGAGGAGUCCUCCGAGGAGGACGAGGAGGACGAUGACGACGACGAUGAGGUGGAGGAGGAUGACGAGCCGGAGGAUAGCGAGGGUAACGAUGAGAACUACGAAAACGAGGAAUCCGAUUCGUAAAUGUGAUGCACUGUCGAUUUUUUCCCUCCCUUCUUCAUCCCUGCACAACGUUCUCGUCCUUGGGAGGAUUUUUCCCGCCCAUUGUGGCACACGGACGACGCAUUCCGCCACCGACACGUUGUUGGUUGGGGGAGUACAACGUGCAGCGGGAAGGCGCUCUCUGCAGGCGCCGUUUAUGGAAGAAAUUUAGAGGAAUUUGAAUCCGAUAAACCUCCUUUCUAUCUACUUAACAGUGUGUCAGCAUACAUUUGAUGGGUAUUUUAAGAAAUCCUGCGAAUCGUGUUUAAAUAAACUUAAAUCAAAGAGAAAAGUUACUUCCAUUUUACCUCAUCUCAAAGAUUACGGUAGUGACUUACGUUCUUUUCUUAUCGUUUUAUUUGUUGCGAAACAUGUUG